AUGUCUGUCCCCGCUACCCCUCCCAUUGCUCAUUACCCUUCCCCCGGCGAGACCUCUCUCUGCCAGCAACCACGUCUCCCUUCCGUUGUCAGCCCGUCCGCUCUAUAUCAGACUACUCGCACUUCCAAUGCCCCCCUCUCGGAGCCUCCAUCCUACCUGUCGCCUGCGGUGCGCGCACUCAAACAAGGCUGUCUUGGACUAACACCUCCCAGCAAUGCACGCACACGCGCCCCCUUCAAGCCCCGCUCGGCCGCCAAGGGCACGAGCAGUUAUCAGCUACGACAGUUCGCCGAAGCCACCCUUGGUAGUGGUAGCUUACGCAAAGCUGUGAAGCUGCCUGAAGGCGAAGAUCAGAAUGAAUGGCUCGCUGUCAAUAUUGUCGACUUCUACAAUCAGAUCAACCUUCUGUACGGCUCAAUAACUGAAUUUUGCUCACCGCAGACAUGUCCCGAGAUGAAGGCUACAGAUGAGUAUGAUACUUCCUCGGCAGGUGGUUGA